GCUAUCAUAAGCUUUAAUUAGCGCCGCAAUGGACUCCAAACACAAACUAUUGCUGAGUCCAGUCAUUGACGACAAUACCAUUGCUCUCAUGAAUCACUCGAAGACUGUUUACUUGCGGUUGAAGUUAAGACAAGUCGAUGCAAAUGGUGUGAAGACUGACGUGCAGUUCAGACACAGUCCUGAUGGAGAAGACUAUGUGUUCGUCGCUCUCUUCGACGACAAUGACAUCGACUUCGAGAUUCUGUUGGACAACAGAUCCACUGAUAGGCGAAGAAUGGCUUUCACUAUGACUUACGGCAAAGACUAUGAGUACAUCAUAAGUCGUGGAUUGGCGACACUCAGAGCUGUGCAAACCAAUGGCAAUCACUUGCGGUUCUUGAGUCCUAAUAAACCGAUGGCUAAUCUUCGCGAGAGCUCUGAGAUCCUGUGCUCACGGAUUGGGUUCGCCUUCGAGGCCGAGAAGGGAAGACCGAAAGUGGACGACAACCAGAAGAUCACUAUUAAAGUGUUGACACAGUCUUCAGAUGUGGUUAUAUUACAGAUCGAUCCCAAUGAGACAAUUGGUGACAUCAAGAAUCGGCUCAGAGAACGCUAUGGCAUUCAUUCGGAUGCAUUCAGACUUAUAUUUGAAUGCAAACACUAUGAUGACUACGAUAUUAUCAGCGAUUGUGGCAUUCAAGAGGGAUCCAUACUUGAGAUGUAUCAGCAAAUGUCUGGUGGUGGAGACCCCCGCACUCUACCGCUGAAGAAUGAAGGUAUUGGGCAAAGAGGUGCCAUUGGUUUCGGUGAUCAGACGCGACAACAGUUUGGUCGCAAUCGUAAGCAAUUCAUUGCUGACGAGGAGUUUGAGAUCAAGCCGUUUGUCAUAGAACUCAGGAUUAGAGACAAACAGCCAUUUGCUAUACGUUUUUAA